GUUUCUGUCACUUUUGUUUCCUUUUCCGCCGACGUUUGACAGCUACAGAAAAUGCCGUCUGUAACCUUAAAAGACGUUGAUCAGCAUAAAUUUGUGAAGGCUUUCGCCUCCUUUUUGAAAAAAACUGGAAAACUACGUGUUCCAGAAUGGGUUGAUCUCGUAAAAACAUCUAGAGCUAAAGAAUUAGCUCCCUACGAUCCCGACUGGUACUACGUCAGAUGUGCUGCUAUUGCCAGGCACAUUUAUAUCAGAUCUCCUGUAGGUGUUGGAUCAGUUACAAAAAUCUUUGGUUCCCGCAAACGCAAUGGAACUAAACCCUCCCAUUUCUGCAGAUCAGCAGGAAGCAUUGCCCGUAAAGCUCUCCAAAGUUUAGAAACAGUAAAGUUGAUUGAAAAAUCUGCUGAUGGUGGUAGGAAAAUCACCCAACAAGGUAGGAGAGAUCUUGAUCGUAUUGCUGCACAGGUUAAAGCUAAGGAACGUAAAGCUCUUAAAGCUUCUGGUGUGCUGACUUUGUAAAUGAUUAAGUUUUAAUAAAAUAAUUAUUUGAUACA